AUGGGAGACGAUAUGGGAGGCAAUAACAAAGGGCAUCUUCAAAAUCAGUACAGAACCGACUGGGCUCAAGUCUUGGAUUAUGUAUCGAACCAAAGCAAAGUAGAGCGGAGAGCUAUCUGUCUCGCUAUGCUCUACAAACCACUGUCUAUACAAUUUGAAAGGAGAGGAAUGGAAGAAGGCACAAAAAGGAACCACAUCCGGGGGCUCUUAUCACAAAAUGGAUUUAUAAACAAAUUUGUAUUCAUAUUUCCACCAUUCGAACAAGAGGAGAUAGACGGUACGACAAAGCGUAUCAAGCAUGGAUCCUUGCUAGAGUUUAAGCUCCUGAGGUCACCAAACCAAGCUGCUCUUUUACAAGCGUUUUUUUUUUUACUCUUUUAG